AUGUUGAAGCUUUGGAGAUGGUACCAGCGAUGCCUAACGGUACAUCCUGUGAAAACUCAGGUCAUCAGUUCCGGCUUUCUUUGGGGAUUUGGCGAUGUCACCGCUCAAUACAUCACUCAUUCCACUGCCAAAACUCGUCUUCUUAGUCUCACCGACACAGAUAAAGAUAGAGACGCAGAUGCAGAAUUCAAGGUCAACUGGAAGCGAGUAGCUAUCACCAGCAUGUUUGGGUUUGGUUUUGUCGGACCUGUUGGCCACUUCUGGUACGAAGGCCUGGAUAAAUUCAUAAAACUGAAGCUUCGAUAUGCACCAAAGUCAACACGGUUUGUGGCUGCAAAAGUUGCAAUGGAUGGUAUUAUCUUUGGCCCCAUUGAUCUACUGGUGUUCUUCACAUACAUGGGAUUCGCCACAGGCAAGAACACGUCUGAAGUGAAAGAAGGACUCAAGAGGGAUUUUCUUCCGGCUUUAGCUCUUGAAGGCGGAGCAUGGCCGCUUCUUCAGAUUGCAAACUUCAGAUACGUCCCCGUGCAAUACCAGCUGCUUUACGUCAACAUAUUUUGCCUAAUAGACAGUGCUUUUCUCUCAUGGGUCGAGCAACAGAAGGAUGCAGCUUGGAAGCAAUGGUUUACCACUUCAUUUCAAACGCUGAAAGAGCGAGGUGGCACAGGUGGAGUAUGA